AGAACAGCUGAGUGUUGAGGUUAUGGUUUUCCAUCGAAAAUAUAACCCCAAAUUUAUAUCAAAUUUUAAUUCUUAAUGCAAAAGAUAAAAAAGGAAAAGGCAUGAAUAAUACGGAAGAAAUUAUCAAAGACGCGAUAGAAGAUGUUUCCUCUACAGACGAUGUGAGUUUAUUGGUAAUAAUUUUAGAUACCAAUCCAGGUCAACGUAUUUUACGAGAGAACCCUCAUACAUUAACACAGAUUAUUGAUUCAGUAAUCGCUUUUGCAAAUGCCCAUUUAUUGCAAAAAGCUCAAAAUAAAUUAGUAAUAAUGGCUUGUCAUUCAAGAGCAAGUCAGUUUAUAUAUCCUGGACUUGGGAAGGCCUUAGAUGUCAGACAAAUUGAUGGGCAAUACGAAGCAUUUACUUUAGUUGAAAAAACUGUUAAACUUAACUUAUCAAAACUUCUCAGUGAAUCAAUAACAGUUAGUAAUGAAUCUUUACUAGCUGGUGCAAUAGCAAUGGCUUUGUGUUAUAUACAUAGAAUACAUAAGAGUAAGCCUCCAGGAUGCAAAAUCAAUAGUCGAAUAUUGGUAUUAACAGCAAGUGGAGAUUCUGCUUCACAAUAUAUGAAUUAUAUGAAUGUUUUCUUUACAGCACAAAAACAAAAUGUUGUUAUAGAUGUUUGUGCUAUUGAUCAGCAUUUAAGUCUUUUACAGCAAGGAUGUGAUAUAACUAAUGGGAUGUAUCUGAAAAUUCCACAACUUCAGGGAUUAUUACAGUACUUGUUGUGGGUAUUUCUACCUGAGCCCCCCAUAAGAAAAAAAUUAGUAUUGCCUCCUCCAGUGAAAGUAGACUAUAGAGCUGCUUGUUUUUGUCAUAGGGAGCUUAUUGAUAUUGGAUAUGUAUGUUCAGUGUGCCUUUCAAUAUUUUGCAAGUUUAGUCCUAUUUGCACCACAUGUCAUACCGUUUUUAAAAUACCUGGACCACUGGCUGUGAAGUCAAAAAAGAAAAAAAUCAAGCUUUAGUGCUGUAUAUUUUACUGUCAUACUUUAAAUAGUUAAUUUUAUUCUUUUUUAUUUACAAAUAGGAAACUCCAAGUUUUGUUCUAGUUGUUUUCUUUCUUGUAAAUAAAAAAUUUUAAUGUCA